AUGUACGCUUAUACUGCCUUUGGUGGAUGCCCUUUAACUUGGAAUGGUUUCUCCGUUGAAGCCUUUUCUGGACUUUGGGAAUUCCUCAAACUCUCUUCCGCUUCUGGGGUCAUGUUGUGCUUGGAGAACUGGUACUACAGAAUACUGGUCCUUAUGACUGGACAAUUGGAGAAUGCCACCAUUGCCAUCGAUGCCUUAUCUGUAUGUAUGACCAUCAAUGGGUGGGAAAUGAUGAUACCCCUGGCUUUUUUCGCAGGGACAGGAGUAAGGGUGGCAAACGAGCUAGGUGCAGGGAAUGGAAAAGCAGCAAAAUUUGCAACGCAAGUAUCAGUGGCACAAUCAACCGUGAUUGGACUUUUCUUUUGCGUUCUGAUAAUGAUGUUCCAUGACUAUCUGGCAUACAUAUUCACCACCAGUUCUUCUGUUCUACAAGCGGUUGAAAGCAUGUCUGUGCUCUUAGCUGUAACAAUUCUUCUCAACAGUGUCCAGCCGGUUUUGUCAGGAGUGGCUGUUGGUUCGGGAUGGCAAGCAUAUGUGGCAUACAUAAACAUAGGAACUUAUUACCUUAUCGGGCUCCCACUGGGAAUUAUCAUGGGAUGGGUCUUCAAUACUGGUGUGACUGGUAUAUGGGGUGGCAUGAUCUUCGGUGGCACAGCCAUUCAAACGCUCGUACUCAUCAUAAUAACAGCACGAUGUGACUGGGAAAAAGAGGCAGAGAAAGCUCUCUUUAGUGUAAAUAAGUGGUCAAAAUCUAAUUCCAAUGGCCGAUUGGAAUCCUCCAAUUAA